GCCCGCCUUCCUUGGCCGCCCGUCCAGGAAGGAGGGAAGGAAGGAAGGAAGGAAGGAAAGAGAGAGAGAGAGAGAGAAGAAGAAAAGAAAGCAGGGCCGGUUGCCACAACAGACGGGGCGAACCUCUCCGCGGAUCGCUGCCCGCAGGACCUGGGAUAAGCAGAUGUGGAUGUUUGAUGGUAUUACAGAUAUCGUCGCAGGAUGGAAGCAGUUCCUAGAUCCCUUCCCCUCCCCGAUGGCACCAGACGACGGCACCGAAUGGCUGCUGCAACUGCUGAGCGAAAUUCAACUGGAGCAGUUUUACACCCGGAUCCGAGACGAGCUUCACGUCACCCGUCCCAGCCACUUCGACUACGUCAAGCCCCUCGAUCUGGACCGCAUCGGCCUGGGGCGCCCAGGUCAGCGGCGGCUUGAAGAGGCCUUGAAACGGCGGAAGGGUCAAAGCCAGCGUCCCAAGUCCUGGGUCUAUAAGAUGUUCACAGGGGGACGAAUCCCAGAAAACGAAGAGACCCCCAGCCCACAGCCAACGGCUUCUCCACGCCUGGACACCGACGCCUCCCUCAAAUGCCUGAUUGGCGAGUGGGACCUCCACAUCUGCGAGAGGCUGGGUGACGGGUGCUUCGGCGUGGUGCACCGCGCCGAGUGGCACGCGCCGGGGGGUGCCUUGAUCCCGGUGGCCGUGAAGACGCUGCGGUCGGACGUCUCCUCCGAUCCGGGGGCCCUGAUUGACUUCCUCAAUGAGGUCAACGCCAUGUGCUGCCUGGAUCACCCCCACCUCCUCCGCCUCCACGGGGUGGUGCUCACCCAGCCCCUCAAGAUGGUAACGGAGUUGGCCACGCUGGGCUCCCUCUACGACCGGCUCCAGCCACCCUUCCCUCUGCACCAGCUCUGGAGCUACGCCGCCCAGGUGGCCGGGGCCAUGGCUUACCUGGAGUCCAAGCUCUUCGUCCACCGGGAUCUGGCCGCCCGGAACAUCCUGCUGGUCUCUGAGGACCAUGCCAAAAUCGGCGACUUCGGCCUCAUGCGCCCGCUGUCCAGCAAGAGUGACCGCUACAUCAUGUCCGCCCACCGGCGCAUCCCGUUCGCCUGGUGUGCUCCGGAGAGUCUGCGCCUGGGCGUCUUCACCAGCGCCUCGGACGUCUGGAUGUUCGGAGUGACCCUCUGGGAGAUGUUCUCCUACUGCGAGGAGCCCUGGGUGGGCUUGACCGGCAGGCAGAUCAUGAUCAAAAUCGACCGGGAAGGAGGCCGCUUGGAAAAGACGGAAGACUGUCCCAGGGUCAUCUACGCCCUGGCGCUCAAGUGCUGGGCCCACAACCCGGAAGACCGGCCCAAAUUCCGGGAAAUGGUCCACCUGUUGCAGGAGCUGCGUCCCAAAGAGAUGAAGGCGAUUCGCGCUUUCAGUGAGCCCGGAUGGCUAAGACUGGAAGCAAACGACCCGGUCACCAUUAUCGAAGGCGGCCCCGAAUCGUCCACCUGGCGAGGGCAGAACAAGCGGACCCUCAAAGUCGGCAUGUUCCCGUCUUCCGUCGUGGCGGCAGCCGAGGAUGCAGCGCCCCCUGUUGGAGCUACGCGGAUCAGCCACCCCAUCCGAAGCUCUUUCCUUCACCUGAGUCACGGGAGCAUGGACCCUGAGCGAGGAUGGGGGUCUCCGGAGCAGAAGGAGGAGAAGAAACCAAAAGUGCGCGGGGGGAAUCCCGGCCCCCAGAAUCCCGGCAAGAACAAGCAACUGCUGCAACUGGCGCGCCUGUCCAAAAGCCUGGAAUCCAUUUCUGAGUGGUCCAUCCUGCGUCCCAAGCCGAGAUUCCCGCUGUUCCAGACGGAGGGUCCCAGCCAGCCCCCCCAGCGGCGGUUCAGCGACCUGCCCAGCCCGCUCCCGGCGCCCGCCCCCCAGCCGGAGUACCGCAACCCCAAGGCCGCUGCCCGCAUCCCGAACCCGGCCCUGCCUUCCUGGGCGCUGCCCAAGGUGGAAGCUGCGGGGGCCAAGGAGAAGGAGCAGCGGGGGGCCCGCCCGGCCCCCAAAGGCGCUGGGGGGCCACCCCCUCCCGGCGGGCCGAGGCUGACCGUGGGGGAGAUCGAGAAGAAGAUCAAGGAGGUGGAAGAGCGGGUGCACGGGGUGACCACGGAGGAGUGUCUGGAGGCCCUGCGCAUGAACAGCUGGGAGGUGCCCAAGACGGUCCAGCUGCUGAAGGUCCACCAGCUCUUCAACCUCAGCUCCCUCUCGUGGAACGAAUGCCGUCGGAUCCUGGAGAAGCACCGCUGGAACUUAGCCAUGGCCUCCCGCUACGUGCUCAGCCGGGGGCUCCGGACCUGAGCAGGCACCCAGGGGUGGGCGGGGGGGGGAGAGAGCCAGGGGUCUGUCCCGAAGGGCCCACCCGACCCAGCAUCCCAGCUCCCCGGUGCUGGCGGGCAGGAGAGCCCCCUGGGCCUUCCCCAGGCUCCCCACGGACUCGUGGCCGAGUGUCCAGCCGCUUAGGACGAUGGCCGGCCCAAACUUGCAAACCGGCCAGCUCCCUUCUAUUCCUUUUGGCCCAAGAGACACCGAAGCCAGUGGUCCACUUGACCCAGCCCUCCUCUGAACCUCGGGACACAAGCUCCUAGUCCUCUUUGAGGAGGUACACCUCAACUGGGCUGGCCCACUGGCUCGUUUGAGACCUCUCGCCUUCUUCCGAGGAUCUGCGGGUUUUCUUAUUUAGAAGCACGGCUCGCUUGAACUAUGUAGAGGGUUUUUUUUCUCUUGCGUGGACUCUCGCGCUGUCUGGGGAGGGGGCAAAUGGGGAGGGUCCAGGUUGCCCCCUCGCCAGAUGCCCAGGUGCCUUAAAUGGGGGAGGGGGCGGUGGGCAAAAACGGGGCGCCUUCCUGGCUGUCUCUUUUUCUGAUGUAAAUAGGGGUCAAAUACGGGCAAUAAAGGUGAGCAGCUGUGAGGGUGC